GCUUAGCUCAUACGUCCACAGGUAAUAGAUAUAUCUCUAUUCAUACGUGGGUUGCAUUUUCACAGCACGUGUCUUUCUUUCUCACUCUUUUGGAAAAAUCUGCUGACAUCCAUUUGACUGACUGAUGAUGACUGUGUGGUAGGUAGACUUGAUGACAUCUCAGACUAGGGGAGAUAAUUAGGUUCCUAUACUGCAAAUCGAUCUUAAGGUUCUAUUAUAUCACCUCCCUAAGCUCAUAUGAAACUUUCAUCGUUCAAUACUUAUCUGUUUUCAUACUGUGCCGUUUUCUCUUAUUGUCUCUCAUACUGUACUACCAAAUUUUCUCCAAUAAUGCCGACUACGUUGAAAAGAGAGGGCUGUUUAAAAGUUUCUCACUGGCAUCUCUCGAGGCUUAAGCGAUUCAUCGUGCACAUUCGGGGUUUCCUGACCUUAGCAAGAAUAAAUAAGUUAAGUUUCAUUCAUUUAUUGAGAUUUAUAUAUUCCUAUCUUCCCGCAAUCUUGGGUCUGGUGAACCCUUGGUGCGGAAAAGUGUGUUAUAUAGAUGCCCGGGAAUUUCAAUUCCUAUUUUUCUCUGUUUCGUCCGCACGAUUGUCUGCCAUUUCUGUCUCAAGUCCACAGGCGUAUCACGUAAUCUUGACGGCCGCGAAGUUGGAUGUUCUGCAAGAGAAGCGACAAUUUUCUCAUUCUUCUCCUUGGCGUAUUCGAGUUCGCCAGACUUAUCUAAAUCGAGGUGCCCUUUACCCCAUUCUUCAGAUAAAUCCAUUCCGUCGACAAGAUUGGUGAGGUCAAGAUAUCGUUGAGUAUCAAGGAGACAUUGAGCGUAGCAUCAAAGCCUAGGGAAAGGAAUAUCUCGCUUGCUCAUUUCAAAAUUUGAGGGUUCGCAGCGGAGAAAAUAUUCGAAUGCGGGGAUAAUAAAGAGAUAGAAGGCCACCCCUCUUAGCACAAA